CUUCCUUCGCUGCUAACGGAGGUGGGCAUGCUUCCCAGUGCUGGUGCAUCCAGCAGGUGCAGCCUCCUUUCUCUCCUCCCUCCCUCCCUCCCUCCUUAUCUCCCUCCCUUCCUUUUGCUCCACCAGUGUGCACUCCGCUCUGUCUGAUUUUUUUCUUCCCCUCCUCAUUCGUUCUCUGUCUCUCAGUGGCAGCGGCUCAGGGAGGCAGCUGUAUGUGUGUCUGCAUCACAGUGGCUACAGGUAAAGGCAGCUGCUGUGUUGGAUGCUGUGAACUCCGAUGAGGAGAAGGCGGUUGGGGAGCCUUUUGCUGCUUCAUUUGCAAGUCCUCAUUCCAGAGUGGGGCACACAUUUUUAAUCGUCUCCCAGAAAGCAUCCUGGAUGGAAGGACGGGCAGAGGAUCCUCGCCAGCAGACCAACAAAUCACAGGCUGAGUGAGAGGAGCGCAGGCUUUCAGGGACGUUUUGCAGAGAAAGCAGCAGACUCUGAGGAAUAUUCUUUGCUCUCCUGCUCAUGGGUUUACUUUUAUCUCUUGCUUUCUGAUCUUUGCUUUAAAUUAUUUUUUGUCUCAUCAUCAUCCACUCCCGUUUUUUUCCCUCUGUGGUGGAAUGUCCCUACACAUCUACGAGGGGAGGUUUUCUGAGUGCCUGCUGCAGUAUUAACGAACAGUAACUGAAACGGCAGCGAGCUGAGCGGACAGCUUUGGGAAAUCUGAUCCACAGCCUGCUGGAGAAGGAGCAGGAUCACUCGUUGCAGUUGCAGAUUUAUCCACCCUGUGAUCCUGCAUGACAACACCCCUCAUUCUUUCAUCCCUGCUCCCUCACUCUGUCCUGAUGUAAAGUCAUUCCUGUAUCCUGAUCUUGGAAAGUGACUGGAUUUGGAUGGUUUCUUUGAAGGUUUGCUGAGGAAUUGGAGCAUAAAUGAUGGGGAAGCAGCUCUGGAUUAAAGAGUGAUAAACAGGGAAGAAAGGAGAGAACGGAGCGUCAACGGCUGUUAAUCUGAGAGCAGAGAUUUAUGUCAUAGAUCUUCCUUGUUUUUCUGUUUCAGUUAAAAACGAGAUCCUCUUGGCUUUGAGGAAAGCUGAUUGGCUAAAGGUGCCACGACAAUAAACUGGGAAAUAUUGUACACUCUUUGGACCUCCCCUGGGUGAGAAAGCGGCUAGACCCACCCUACAAGUUUUCCUUAUUGCUGUUUUGUCGUGGAUUGUACAGGAAGGCUACAUCAGGAGAUACUAAUUUUGGAUUUCUGCUGCAUCCGAACACUGAUGCCAUGGAUUUCUCACAUGCGCAAAAGUGAAGACAUUGCUACCCACCCAUCGUUUUUCUUGUUCCUCUUUUUUCCUGGCAGACACAUCACUUCUUCCUCCUCUCCUCUUGCUUCCCUUACCGUGAACAUUCUUGGAGUUUGCUGUUCGAUAUCAGGACUAAGCAUGAACUAAUCAGGCGAUUUUCCUUCUACGCCACUGCUCCUAUAUCUCACUGGGUCUGUGAGUGUGUGCACUCGUGCUUUUGUGAUUGUGUGUCUGCAUGUAUCUCCUACAUCCUCCCUUUCUAACAAUCCUUUGGAAUACGUAUUAAAAUAUUUCAUACUGACACCUGGGAGUGUUUUGGAAAAUAAUCUACUUUGUUUUGCUUCCCAUUUGUCUUUUUGAUGUUUGGCACUGUUGAAAACCUUUGCGCCAUGUGCCGUCAACGCUUAUUGCAGGGUUAACCCUCAACGAGCCACAAAACCCGACAGGAAAGGAUGAGUGAGUGUUCUGGGGCAGGUGCAUCUGGGGCAGUCAUCCUGGAGGAACCUGAGGGAUCAGGGGUGGCUGGGGCCCGUGGAGAGGGGCAAGCUCAGGAUCAGGGCCCUCUUCGUUGUGCAGUUUGGCCUCGCCAGCAGACAUGGCUGUGUGUGGUGCCCUUACUCAUUGGGUUUAUUGGCCUUGGAUUGAGCCUAAUGCUACUGAAAUGGAUUGUUGUGGGUACUGUGCGGGAUUAUGUGCCAACUGAUCUAGUGGAUGCUAACAGAAUAGGCCAAGAUCCUAUCUUUCUUUCAAAGCCAAGUGGUAUUCCUAAAGGUCCAGAUACCACCACUACAACUACUCCUACAAUGGAUGGUGGGAACCCCACACCUAGAACUGCAACUGUAGCAAAAGGUAGAACUCGAACUACUUCUACGACCACAACUACAAACGCCAGACGGGGCGGGGCCUCUGGUACUCAGGUGACUCCUCGGAAUCCUGGAAAUCGUAAUGGACCUUCAGGGUUUACUACGACCAUUGCAGCGCCACGAACAACCUUUGUAAUUGGAGCGGCGACUACCAGCUCGACUCCGUCCAAUCCGACGGUUCUCCAUGACUCAACGCAAAUGUGGACUAUGGAGCAUACUACUACUGAAGCGGUUUCCACCACACUGACAACACGUACACACAACCACCGGAAAACACCAUCUCCAACCGUUCCUCCUCUGCACUCGGAGCAUUUUAAGCCCUGCCAUGAGAAGGACUUGGCCUACUGCCUAAACGGUGGAGAAUGCUUCGUCAUCGAGACGCUCAGCGGUCCUCACAAGCACUGCAAGUGUCGAGAAGGCUAUCAAGGAAUCAGGUGUGACCAGUUUCUCCCUAAAACAGACUCCAUCCUCUCAGACCCAAAUCACCUGGGCAUAGAGUUUAUGGAGAGCAAAGCUGUGUACAAGAGACAGGUGCUGUCAAUCACAUCCAUCGCCAUGGCAAUCAGCCUACUGGGAACACUGUGCAUGGCUCUCUACUGCCGCAACAAAAGGCGCAGGGAGAAGCUCCAGGCCCAACUGAAGGAGAGUCGUAGCUUAAAGAACUACACAACCAACUCCAACAACCCUCUAGAGGAAAAGAUGAAGAUUCCCAACACCAACCUGCAUGAGUACUGCAAACGUCCCUCCAUGCCUCGCCAGGGAAACAUUUGUGAGUCCAGCUUUGCACACUGCAGCAUCACCGGCAGCUCCAGAGUAGCUGCUAAACAUCACAGAAGUGGCUCGUUGUCCCACAGCCCCGACCAGAAAACACGAUCUGCCCAUUGGUCAGCUCCUCGCAGAACUCCGCCCAUACACAGAGGGAGGCUAAACCCCAUUGGAGGAUCGAAGUAUUCAGGCCCCGCCUACCAGCACCUCCAGGAGGUGGACCCGUCUGAGAAGGAGCCAGAAACGCAAAAAGGAGUCGACAUGCAGGGAGAGAACCAAGGAAACGACUCCAGACAAGAUGCCUUUGUACAUAUGCAAACUCCCGCUGCUAUGGAGACGCCGUCAGCUUUGCCUUGGUGCGGUCGUGAGGAGGUGUUUUCAGGCCCUCGUCCUCUGCCUCACCUGAACAGCCACCGCAGCCUGAGGAAACUCGACCAGCGCCAUAGCCUCUCCCCACCUCCCCCGUUUCGCUCCUGCUCCAUCCCCAUCAUCCCUUCCGUUCAGUGUCACCACGACAGCGAGGAGUCGUGUAUGCAAACCAGCCCAGAAACUACAGAGAUGUCAAUCACCUGCAGCGCCACACCCUGCAAACAGGAGAGGAGGGAGAUGUCGGCGCGAGCCCGGCUGUUCUCGUCCUCCUGCUCAUCGGCCGUUGGGCAGGACGAGGUGGCGCUGCUGCUGGAGGAGGCACAGGAGCAGCUCAGAGCACUGGCUCACAGGAAGCAGGAGGAGGGCGGGAUCUUUGCCAGAUCAACAGCCAUGCAGCUGGAGGCCAGAGAAACUGUCUGCUUCUUGAACCUUAAUGGAGGAACUUCUGGGGGACUUAGCUAUAACGGACCCAUGCAGACCCAACUUCUGAGCCAACCGCACAGAGACUCGGGCCAAAGCGGCCAAUGAAACGACCGUUUAGGACCGCCGGUUUUUCUGUUUGACAGACUCUGGUGUUCUGUGUCUGUGAAUGGAAACGUCAAAUCAAAAAGAAAAUUAUAUAUAUAUAUAUAAAUAUAUAUCAUGGAAACUCCUAAUGAUAUGCAUACUGUAUGGAUACAAGCAUAUGGUCACCUUUACAAAGACUGACAGUAUGGAAACGAGAAAAAAUAUUUACAUGCAUUCAUUUUGAAAAGAAGACAACCACUUCUCCUUAGACAAAAGAAACCAAAUAGUCUGUCAAUUCCAUGAUGUUUUUAAUUGUAAAAAGAAUAUAUAAAUAAAUAUAUAUAAAUAUAUAUGGAUAUAAAUAUAUGGAAUUUAAAAAGUGACCAACAUGAAGAACACAGGAAUGAUGUUGCUAUUUUCCUUUUGUUUUUAAUUUGAAUACUUUUCCCUGUUUAGUAUGAAUUCUGUCACUUUUUGUAACAGAAGAGCUUCAUCGAUGUCCCGCCGCACGACCUCGAGCCGCAAAUACGAUUCUGUCAAGUCUCACUGAGUCCAAACAGGAGCCUCCACCACAAUUUCACCCCCUUUGCCUUUUUCAAAACUACUACCCAGCCAAGAAAAACAUUACUGCCCUCUGGGGGGAUCCACAACGUUUGGAGGAUUCAUGGCACAAAAAGCAAACUCCCCAGCUGAGUGUGUUUGUGGUGACAAACCGCCCAGGGAGCAAGAGGAACUUCUGUCUUCGUUCUGAGUCGGUUUUGCUUCGGUCAGAACAGCUACAAAUAAACACACACACACACACACAUCACUUGUGCAUUAUUAUUUUACUGACUGUGUUUGGAUGAACAAAUUGCAGGACAAAGACGGACAGGUCACAGGAGUUCAUCUGAUAUUUUUUAAGUUCUCCAUUUUUAGUUACUGAUGAACAAUGCUGCUUUCUGGGGUGGUUGGGGGGGAGAGAACUGUGUGGGUUUUUGGUAUUGAAACAAGAAAUAAAUGUCUCUAUGUUGUAUCCUAA